CAAUGGCUCCGCAAGGUUGGUUACCGUAAUUGCGGUACUAGUAGUCGUUCGAUGAACCUAGCACGUCUGCGUCUGUUGACGACGAGAGGGAACUAUACUACAGAGGCAGAUAUCACUUAAUUACAAACUAAAAGUAUUGGCUCUGUGUCUGACGAGUGAACUGUUUGAGAGAAGAUGUUGUGCCAGUAUCAACCACGAGAAAUACUACAUACAUCAAUGAGAGAGAGGUGUUCUCUAUCCUUACUGAGCGUGUUGUCGUGAAAACAAAGAUGACGGUAUUGCAAGCAAUUCCUUCGGCUGUGUGACGAGAUGGAAGAAAUCUGAUUGAGGGUGUACUUAUGUGUGAGCGUCUCGCUGUUUGCCUUCAGUAUGUCAUCACCCGAACCAACAUCCGUAAUCUAAACGUGCUCCCCCGUGAAGGAAGAAAAAGGCCCGGUGAGCUUUUCAGUUGACAAAUCGUCGCGUAUUUUUUCCGGUCUUUGCUUUGUUUUUUUAAGGACAUAUCUCUGUUGUCCAAGUAGUUGGCAUUGUUCGUCGGUAAUGAUAUUCGAACAAGAUUCAUAAUAUAUUCGUCAUUGAGUUGAAAAGUUCAUCUGAAGAAGUAUAUAAUGAUUGGCUGUUUUCAACAUCAUCGACAAGAACGAAUUCCGAAGAUUAAUUAGUUUUUUCCUUUUUUUUUCUUUUUUAUCCCAACACUGAGUCUUUGGCAUUCUUCCUGCUCUCGGACCGCAUGGGCUGACGGUCUUGCGUCGGCGCCUCGUAUGUUGUGUGUGGGUUGUGUUUGUUCGUCGUGGUCUUGUGCCUGUGCUUUCUCCUCCAAUAAGAAUGGGAUGGGAAGGGUGAGUGGGUAGCUGAAUUGAUGAUCUUGAGUUCUUCAUCUAGAAAAGAAUGGCAGUAGCGGCUGCGUCUGCGGCAUCUCAACUAAUAACUUUUUUCCCAACAUAGUUUUGACCACGUUGAUCUUAAAUCUAGUUUGUAGUCCUAGUCAUCUCCUAGUGCAGCUAGCACGUUGGAUCCCUGGGAGGGGGGCUGACGCAGUCUCGCGUUCUGAACGCAUUGCUCCACGCCAAUUAGUUGCGAGCCAUCUUCUUCUUCAGCCAGUGGCGACCACUGUGAAACUCUGUUUUGAAGAUCGAUAACCACAUACAGCUCGGUAAGCUCUCGAUUGAUUCUGUCUUUGUCCUCAAUGUGUCUUCGCCUGUGUCAUUGUAUUUCUGAGUUUUUGUGCUCUUUGAAUUGAAGUUGAAGCAGGAUUUUGCUACUUUUUUCGUAUCUUCUAUCUCGGACAUGAUACAAACAUUUAGAAAUGGAAUCUUCAUCAUUUCAGUUUUUACCAAAAAUCGCGAUUAUCUCUUACUUUGUGUUACCUUGUUUUUGACAGGACCACUCUUUCAAACAAAAUAUACAUCCAAGCAAUUAUAGACUUCGAGGAAUAUUAAGUGAAGCAAGAUGGACCCACCCCGAAAGCCUCGGGCCGAAGGGAAGCGACCAAGAAAGCAAGAACGGUCACCGGGCAGCCCGACCGCGCGACACCGCUACCCACGUCAGCCGCUACCCACAAACGCCGCCGGCUGCAUAGCCAGACACACCAGGGCCGGCGGCGACGAGAAGGCUACGCGUGACCAACAAUUCUAGCCGUAGCAUAGUCGCAACGGCGACCAUAGGCACACAAUACGCGAAACCAAAGAAAAUAAAUCCGGCGAGAUCAAAAGAAAGGGAAGCAAGAUGUCUAUCGUACAACUCGCUCCCCUCUGGCCGCAGACGCUGCGGCGUCUGACACUAUGGGUAUGAGGUCUCCCGCAAAUUUUUUACCGCCUGUCAGUCCAACGAAAAUCCUUUUUCGUGACCGAAAGAUGUCCAUCGUCUUCAAUUCGGGGCUCCUCCCGAAGAAACGAUCUUCGAUGAUUCUCCCAAGCAAUGCUAGCACGACGUCGGGAGGGCGUGGGCACUCGUCGACAUCGGGUGACAGCACGCCUGGCUUAAGCGACAAUAUUGAUACUGCGCCAACUACUGCGACGAAAAAUGAAGCUGGACAGACCGUAGCAUUGAUCCUGGACAGCUGGAUGCUCAGCUACGGUGGGUCUGCACGUGCUUGGGUGUCCUUUUGGCAGCUGCGUCGUCGGACCCGACGACCGCCUGCUCAGCUGCUUUCACAACAGGACGGCCCUCUUGGAAAAAAACACGAUUGGCCAUGGCGAAAUGAAUGCCCUUCGCGUGGCAGCGAAAAGGUUGUAUGCUGA